AGAGAGAACCACAGCUUCUAACUUUGAAUUUUGUAAGAAGAUUCUAUUCUACAUUGCCGAGGAUGCCCAACGCCAUCAUACUAUUCAUGGUGAUGCUGUUCUCAUUAGGAAUCCCAUGUGAUGCUCAGAUUGAGCAAGACUCCCUCGUGAUCGCGUCCGAAGGAAGCCAAGUCAACCUCUCUUGCAGACACCCCUCUUCGACAACAGACACCAUCUUUUGGUACCGCCAGUUUCCCGGCCAAACUGUCCACUACAUCCUCUCCGGAUACUAUUCAGGAUCCAACAGCAGUGCUCCGAAAGGAGCCUUGGUUGUACCUAGGGACCGAAAGGAGAACGUCUUCUCCAUCGCCGAAGCUGCUCUGCUGGAUUCUGCUGUGUAUUACUGCGUGUUGAGUGCCACAGCCGUCAAAAUCAUCUUUGGGUCCGGCACAAGAAUGGUCAUAUUCCCUAUUCUCGAGGAUUCUGAGCCUUCCCUCUACAAACUAAAGCCACAGAAAGGGGAAGAUCAAACCAUUGACGCGUGCCUCAUCACCGACUAUUCGCCUGGCAACAUCUCAGCCCGGCUGAACAAUGCUUCGGAGACAUCCGACAGCUCGUUAGUGAUUAUGAACGAUGGCCCCAGCUAUGGGACAGUACUCUGGGACAGCGUCAAUGGAAGCUUCAGUUGUGAGGUUGAUCAUGAAGGGAGAGCGUACCAAUUAAACCGCACAGAAGAUGCUGAUGAUGCUUGUCAAACAGACUUUGAGACAGAUGAAAGACUAAAUUUCCUUUCCAUCACGGUGUUGGGAUUGAGGAUUAUUUUCCUAAAAUCGGUUGCCAUCAACCUACUUCUGACUUUUCGCUUCUGGUCCUGUUGAGAAAAGAAAGUGAAAACAGACGGCGUCGAUGAUCGUGGAAGAAUAAUCAAAACAGAUAUUCUCUGUCCUCAAUUCUGAGAGGAAAUAUGGAGACGAGCAUCUACCCUAAACUGGCAAAAAUCAGGCCACGUCUCUCCUACUUCUCCACACUAGGAACAGCUUCAUCUUCUCCAUUUCUGCUCGUCGUGCAGCUACUCAACGAACCGUUGCUACAGCCAAACACUUUUGAACAACUGUACAUCCCUAUAUGUCAUUCUUUCUAUUAUCCUGUCUUUCACGGAAUAUAAUCGCUUACAUAUUUCUGUAUAUUAAAAAAAAAAAAUAAAGAUGGAUAUGUUUGAUACUUUA